GGCAACCACGGCGGCCGGUCCUGCCUGUGACGGGCGGUGGCGGCCGGUCCUGUUAGUGACGGCGGCGGCUCCAGACACCUGCGGCGGCGGACGGGGCGUGCGGCGACCUCGCGGCGGGCGCGGAGAUGUGGCCCCUGGUGGCGGCGCUGCUGCUAGGCUCGGCGUGUUGCGGUUCAGCUCAGCUAACCUUUAAUGCAACCAGAUUUGUAGAAGUCACCAUUUGCAAUAAAACUGUUGUCCUCCCCUGCAUUGUUAAUAAUGUCGAGUCGAAAAACAUUAAAGAUAUGUAUGUUAAGUGGAAAUUUAAAGGAAAAGACAUUUUCACCUUUGAUGGAAAUAAACAGAAGUCCAAUGCCAGCAGUAAUUUUACGAGUGCAAACAUCACACCAUCAGAAUUACUAAAUGGAAUUGCCUCUUUGAAGAUGGAGAAGAGUGAUGCCAAGUUUGGGAACUACACUUGUGAAGUAACAGAACUAAGCAGAGAAGGCGAAACAAUCGUAGAGCUAAAAUACCGCAUUGUUUCAUGGUUUUCUCCAAAAGAAAAUAUUCUCAUUGUUAUUUUCCCAAUUUUGGCUAUACUUCUGUCCUGGGGACAGUUUGGUAUUCUGACACUUAAAUAUAAAUCCAAUCGUACUAAUGAGAAGACCAUUCUUCUAAUUGUUGCUGGACUAUUACUCACCAUAGUCAUCAUUGUUGGAGCCAUUCUUCUCAUCCCAGGUGAAUAUUCAAUAAAGAAUGCUUCUGGACUUGGUUUAAUUGUAAUUCCCACUGUGAUACUAAUAUUACUUCAGUACUGUGUGUUUAUGACAGCUUUUGGGAUGUCUUCCUUCGCCAUUGCCAUAUUGAUUAUUCAGGUGCUGGGUUAUAUACUUGCUGUGGUUGGACUAAGCCUCUGUAUUUCAGAGUGUGCCCCCAUGCAGGGUCCUCUUCUGAUUUCAGGCUUGGGUAUCAUAGCUCUAGCAGAAUUACUUGGAUUAGUUUAUAUGAAAUUUGUGGCUGCCAAUCAGAAGACAAUACAACCUCCUAGGAAAGCUGUAGAGGAACCCCUUAAUGCAUUUAAAGAAUCAAAAGGAAUGAUGAAUGAUGAAUAACUGAAGUGGAGAGAUGGACUCUGAUUUGGAGAGUAGUAAGACGUGAAAGGAAUACACUUGUGUUUAAGCACCAUGGCCUUGAUGAGUCACUCUUGGGGAGAAGAAAACAAGAAAUUUAACUGGUUUUCAUCUACGGGAGAAAUUAAAUCAUUGGAUACCCUUAAAUGAUUGUUACGAGUUGAGUUUUUUUUUUUUUUUUUUCCAAAGCAGCUGUAAUUUAGUUAAUAAAUGAUCACGAUCUGUGUUGUGUGCCCAAUUGA